AUCAUCUCAAUCCUAUUUCAAUAUAAAAGGAAUAAUGGUAUAAAUUCAUAAUCCAUAGAGACCAAAGAAGAAUGUAUAUGGAUUUACGCAAAUUCUUGUAAUAAAACAAAUAGGUCCGUAUUCUCUAAAAGAAAUAAUAACAAUCCAAAGAAAAUUUGAGAAAUGGAUCUCCUAAAGCUAAAAGCAAAUAAUAGUCUAGAUAAAAUAGUAUAAGAAAAAACAAUCCCAGAUCAUUGAGCAAACAACUUUAAUGUAUCCACCCGACUGAUAAAUAAUAACAUAUGAUAAUGUACAUUAAUAUUAAGAAAUUAGGACUACUCCACAUAAAUAAUAAUAAGAUAGAUUGUCUUAGAAUUAAAAAUUCCAUACAAGUAGUGGAGGGUUCUUUAAAGAAGUUUAAAAAUUUGAUGAAACGAUAAAGAAAUCUCAAAGAUAGAAAAAGUGGACUGAAGAAGAAAUUGUGAGGAAGUAUGCUGAUCUAUUCACAGCACCUGAUUUUCUUAAGAAACAUAGAGCAAUAUCAUAGGACACAGAUCCAGAUAGUAAAGAUUAUAAUUUUGCAAUUUCUUGCUAGAGUUUCAUUUGCUAGCCUAAAUAUUAUGCUUUGCAAAAAUUUAGUGCAGAACAAAUAUUUGGAUUUAUUUUUACUGAGACUUCCUUAGAUAAAAUAAGCAAGAAUUUCUUUUAGUAUAAAAUGGAAGCAUUUUACAAUGAAAUAGAUGCUGAAAUACCCGAUCUAUAAGAAAUGUUUAUUUUCAUAGACAAAAACAAUGAUGGUUUUAUUGAUGUUAAUGAAAUGGGACAGUUUUUAGAUUUUGUAUGUUAAAAGGAGGAUAGAAAAAGUUUCAUGAAAGUAGAUUCAAAUAACUAAGGAUAUUUUACAGAGCAUUAAAUGCUUCAAUAAACAAGAGAUCGACAAUUAACAAGAAAGUAGGAAAUUUAAAUUUAUUUUAAUAGCUACUUUUAAGAAUUUGAUAUUGAAUAGACUGGAAGGAUAACUUAUUGGGAAUAUUAUCUAAGGUAUUUAUUUUUUAUUUAUUAGAAAAACUACUUAGCUCGGAUAAAAUUUAAAUAAAUUACUAAAAUGA